CGACUGGCUGCACCUCACGGUUGAUCCGGUUUUACGGGGUGAGCCAGACCUUCAAGACUUCAGUAAAACCCCUCCUCUCGUAAUAAUAUCAUUUCCCAGCAUCGCCUAAAUAACAGUAUAUUACACAGAACAAUAAUGAGUAACCACAGUUGAACACGCAACGACAACAGUCUCAACUAAUGUAUAAAAGGACAAUGUUGUGGUACCUAAAAUGCACAGUCAGUUCCAAGUUUCUUCUCAGUUUCAAGCUUCUCUGCCAGCAUCCGAACAUUUAAUUAAUAGCUGAUCAACAUGUCUUUAACUAUGCUUACUUUGGUUGCUGUUAUUUUGAUGGCUUUCGUCAGCUCAUCUUUCUCGUAUUCGGAUACUUAUUCCAACACUCCGGCAUACUCUUACGCUUACCAGAUCUUGGAUACUUAUUCUGGCCAGGAUUUCGGUCACGAAGAGGCUAGUAAGCUAGGCAAGGUAAACGGAGAAUACCGUGUACUCUUACCCGACGAUCGCCUUCAAGUUGUGAGCUACUCUGCCGAUCAAAAUGGAUACGUAGCCGAUGUGCAGUAUGCUGAUGGCUCAACGAGUCCAGCUUAUGGCAAGGGCAACGCUAAUGGUUACAGUGGAUCAGAGGGUUAUGCAUCAGGUGCUGCUUCAGUCAAGACUUCGUCCUACUUCAAUCCGCCAACUAGCAAUGGAGGAUAUCAAUACGGAGGAAAUGGUUACGGUGCUGGAAACAACUAUCAGAACGCUGGUCUAGCUGGUCAAGGAGUAUACCAACAAGCUUUCAAGUCCGGCUGUAUCUGCCAAUGUCCAGCAUAAAUAGCGACCGUGCAGCCGAAUUGGGUACUCAACAUGCACUUUUGUAGACUUAUGUGGAUAUGCUCACCUUUGCACGCAGAAGGAAAGCAACAAUAUGCUAGAUAAAAUAAUUAUUUAUUAAGGGAACUGCUAUGUUUGUAGCAUAAGGAUAUGUUGUUCUCUUCAUACUAUACAGCUUAAUAAAAACACGUGACUUUUAA